AUGUCGGACCAAAACGCAAACCCCAGCAGGCCGCAGAAGCGGAAACGUGCCCGCCCGUUACCGGCUCACGUCAACGCUCGCAAUCUGGCGACCGAGAAACGUAAACGCAACGAGAUGAAAGACAGUCUUUUGGAUCUGGCUCGCCUAGUCCCACCACUGGCAACAGCACGCCGCUUGAAUAAGGUGGUCAUAAUCACGGAAAGCAUCAAGUACUUCCAAAAUCAAAAGGAAGUCUGCAUGUCCGCGGCGGCGGACAUGCAGGAUAUGAUCGAGGAAAACCGCCGUCUGGUCUCGGAGCUCAAUGCGUUGCGCGCUGAAGUCGGCGGACCACUGGUCGAAGCCAGGCCGGUCACGGAAGCGAUGAGUCAGUUCAUGGAGAUCAAGGAUGCCGUCUACGGGACCUUUCCGAAUGGCUUCGGGGAGAGUAGUGCGGUUGAGCCUGUUGAGAAUCAGCGCUCGCGGAGUGGGACUGCCGACCAGGAGCUGCAGUUGUCGAUGGAUGAGCUCUUCCCCUCGCCCGAAGUGAACUAUCUCGAUCAACUAUCAUCGCAUGACGAACGGAACCUGAUGCCCGCUGAGGUUCCGCUGGCAUUACCGCUAUCGCUGCCACAGGACCCAGCCCAAGACACGGCUUGGGAUACGAUGCCCUCCUUGGACAUCCCCCAACCGCCUUCAUUAUCUCAAGCUUUCUUCACGCAUCCAAUUCAUCCUUCGGACAAUACCUUUGACGGAAAUUUACUUGAUUCGACUAACGUGCCAGCGGAAUUCUGGCCGCCGGAUUACGAAAUUGUCGACAUGACAGCAUAUUUACAGCAUUCCAUCGAGGACAUCACAGCGCCGCCACAUAUUGUAUAG